GAUCCGAUUUUAUCAAUAUGAACUCGAUUUUAUGAUUGGCAUGCUUGCCCAUCUCCCGGCCUAGCUCUUACGGCAAUAAAGCUGGUGAGAUUGGGGACUUGGUAACAAUCUAUUUAGGAUCGACAAAAAUGGCAUACGAAGAUAUAAGAAGCUUCCAAUGCCCAUUGGGGUUGGCUUUCUCUCAAUUUGGGUUUACUCUUAACCACAGCACGUCAAAAUGAAGUCUCGGGUUAUUGCGUCCUUGGUUGCUCUGGCUUCGACGGUGGCAGCUCAUGGAGGUGUGUGCCACUAUACCGUGGACGGGGCUGAAUAUAAUGGAACACUUUGGCAUCUCUGGGAUUUGAAAAACAACCCCAUCCCAGACCCUCCCCAAGUCCCGAGUAUCCAGAGGCGUUGGGAUUUCAACCCCGUUUUCGACGUAACCAGCGGAAACAUGACAUGUAACUGGGAUGGCACCGCCACGGCAUCAUCUAUCCACGCUCCCAUACGUGCUGGCAACAACAUCACGGCACAUUGGGAUAACUUUAUGCCGGAUGUUUUCCCCAAUGUCUGGCCUCACUCGAUAGGACCUAUACUCGCGUACAUGGCUGCUUGCCCGGGAGACUCAUGUGAAGGCUUUGAUGGCAGUGGUGAUGUGUGGUUCAAGAUUGGUCAGGUUGGGCUAUUGCCAGAGGCUGAAGAUCUACGCGGUCCAUGGGUGCAGGGAGAGCUGCUCCAACCCGCCGCUGCAGCUGCCCCUGGGUAUACAGUGGCCAUCCCAAAGAACCUUAAGCCAGGGAAGUAUUUGAUCAGGCACGAGGUCAUCAUGUUGGCCAGCAGGCCACCGCAGUUUUACAUCGAAUGUGCGCAGCUGAGUAUUACUGGGAAUGGAACAGCGACGCCGAGCGGCGAUUACCUCGCUAGCUUCCCAGGCGCAUAUAAGGAUGAAGAUCCAGGACUUGCGAUGUCGCAGUGGUGGAUGGGACCCAAUGGUUCGCCCUUCCAACCUGAGUGGAACACAACGGAAUACCCCUUCCCGGGACCUGAAGUGUGGUCUGGACAGUAGUUACGUCCUCAUCCUUGUGGAUAUACUUGAGCCUACAAUCAGAUAUUUCAUCCUGUUUAUGUCAGUCUGGUUAAAACGGAGAGCUGGAAGUGUAAAUAAGAAGGAAAACGUUCAUUAUUAGAAAUGGCGGGCGUGCUGGUAUGUUUAUUUGCGCGUUUAAUCCCGCGGUAGAUACGGCCAACCAGGUGCCCGAGCGAAUGUACAUACUUGAAGAAGAUG